AUGGCACCCUCUAUCGCGGAAAACCCUACUGCGGAGGUCGUUGUUCCUGUAAAGGUCAACCCACAGGCGAGUACAAGCAAGCCUAAAGUGAGACGAAUUAUUGAAGAGGAAGGUGGAAAAUCCACUGCCAGUUAUCCCCAUUACCUUCCCGUCUGGGAUUAUGGCGAGAAAUAUCCUCCCCUUGAGCCAUUUACACACGUCGAUCAUGGCAAAGAUGCCGACCCCUCCUUCAAAGAUCUUCUUCCGGAAGGGUCUCAUAUUCAAAAGCUCACGCCAACUAUCGGAUCGGAAGUCACUGGUGUUCAGCUGAGCAAGCUCACUGCCGCAGGAAAAGACCAGCUUGCUCUCCUAGUUGCUCAACGUAAAGUCGUUGCGUUCAGAGAUCAAGACUUUGCAGACUUGCCUAUCCAAGAGGCUCUCGAUUUUGGAGGCUAUUUUGGGCGACACCAUGUCCACCCUACGAGUGGGGCGCCAGAAGGGUAUCCUGAGAUUCACCUCGUUCAUCGCAAUAAUAACGCCUGGGAGUAUGAUGACUAUCUUGCCGCAAAGAAUAGCAGUGUCUCGUGGCAUUCUGAUGUUACUUAUGAGCAACAGCCACCAGGUACCACGUUUCUAUAUCUUCUUGACGGCCCGGAGGUGGGCGGAGACACUGUUUUCGUCAACCAGGUCGAGGCUUACAAUCGGCUUUCACCUGCCCUUAAAGAGCGUCUCCAUGGCCUCAAAGCGCUGCACUCUGGAUUUGAGCAAGCUGAACACAGUCUAAAGCGUGGAGGGGUUGAUAGAAGAGACCCAGUGAAGAACGAGCAUCCGAUUGUUCGCACCCAUCCCGCCACAGGCGAGAAGGCGCUUUUCGUCAAUGGAGGCUUCACCAGGAGCAUUGUCGGCCUUAAAACAGAAGAAAGUGAUGCUCUUCUAGGAUUUUUGCUGGCUCAUAUCGGUCGCGGUAUUGACUACCAGGCCCGAAUUAAAUGGGCGCCGAAGACGGUGGUUAUUUGGGAUAACCGAGUGACUGCUCAUUCUGCGAUCAUUGACUGGACGACUGGCGAGCGUCGGCACUUGGCACGAAUUACGCCACAGGCGGAGCGUCCUUUUGAAACACCCUACGUACCAGAAGGAGACAAGUUGAGGGCUUGA